CAGCACCAUGCACCCAGCAACCAGCAGCUUUCCCCCAGAUGAGGAACCCCUGGUGGAGGAGCCCUCGGUGAACAGGUACGGCCGCCCGAAGCCGAGCGACCGCUUCCACGGUGCCUACAUCAUCUUUUUCCUCCUGGGCAUCGGGUCCUUGCUGCCCUGGAAUUUUUUCAUCACGGCAAAGCACUACUGGAUGUACAAGCUGCAGAACUGCUCGGAUGGGGCAGGCCCGGUGGGAGAGGCGGCGGCGGAUCUGCGGGACUAUUUUGAGAGUUACAUCUCCAUUGCUUCGACCGUGCCCUCGGUGCUGUGCCUGAUUGGAAACUUCUUGAUCAUCAAUAAGGUGGCUGCCAGCGUCCGGAUCCUGUCCUCCCUCUUCGUCAUGCUGGCCGUCUUCCUGGUGAUCACAGUGCUGGUGAAGGUGGACACCUCCGCCUGGACCACCCGCUUCUUUGCCCUCACCAUCGGCUGCGUGGUCGUCGUCAGCGGCGCCUCGACCAUCUUCACCAGCAGCAUCUUCGGUCUGAGCAGCUGCUUCCCCAUGAAGGAUUUGCAGGCGCUGAUCUCGGGUCAGGCCAUGGGUGGCACCAUCAGUGCUGUUGCCUCCGUGGUGGACCUGGCAGCAGCUGCUGACGUUACGGACAGCGCCCUGGCCUACUUCCUCACCGCCGACAUCUUCAUCGUUGUCUGCAUCAUGGUCUACCUCCUCCUCCCCAGGCUGGAGUACUCCAGGUAUUACAUGAGCAGCCAGGUGGAGACCCCGUCUCUGGUGACUGUGCCGCCUGACAGCUCCGUGGAGGACGAGCUAGAGCCAGGAGGCACCACGAAUAUCUCCUUCCUCACAAAAAGCACCAGUAUCCCCCCACUCCGCCCCAUCCUGCAGAAGACCGCCCUCCUUGGCUUCUGCCUCUUCUACGUCUUCUUCAUCUCCAUCAUCAUCUUCCCUUCUCUCUCCUCCAACAUCGAGUCGGUCAGCAAGUCCUCGGGAAGCCCGUGGAGCACCAAGUACUUUGCACCGCUCACCAGUUUCCUCCUGUACAACUUUUCUGACUGGUGCGGGAGGCAGAUCACCAUGUGGAUCCAGGCACCCGGCCCCAAGAGCAAACUGCUGCCCACCCUUGUCCUCCUCAGGACCAUCUUCCUCCCUCUCUUCAUCCUCAGCAACUACCAGCCCCGGGCUCACAUCCGGACGGUGGUCUUUGACCAAGACAUCUACCCGGUGGUCUUCACAGCACUGCUGGGGCUGAGCAAUGGCUACUUGGGGACACUGGUCAGUGUCUACGGCCCCAAGAUAGUGCCAAAAGAGCUGGCUGAGGCAGCAGGGGUGGUGAUGACCUUCUACCUCAUGCUGGGGCUGGCUGUGGGGUCUGGCUGCUCCGUUCUCAUUGUCCACCUCGUGUAGAGGAACAGCCAGAGGAUGACACCCUCGUUUUGCAGUGCUGCUGUUGGGUAUUUAGGUUUUCUUCCCCCCAAAAGGCAGGCACACCAUGGUUCUGGGACAGGCUGCCUGUCCUGGGAUGGGUGGCUGCAUCCAGGGGGAAAAGUCUUCCUUCUGGGAAGGGGUCCCUUCUGUGUUUGGAAGGUCCCGUCAGGCCUUUGUCACUCCCCAGCUCGACUGGAGCAAAUGGACCAAAAAAGCCCCAUCCUACUCAGGGAAGCACCAGGGGCACAGGGAAACCUGUCACUCUCCCCAGUGCCAGUGGGCAAGGGUGGCUUGCUGGUGCCACCACACGGGUUUUAAACUGAAAGUAGGGCAUUUGAAGGCACCUUGGGUUUUGCUGCCUCUUUCUUCAGCCCCCUGGUGUUUCCGUGGUCUCUGGGGCUCCCCCUUUGUCAAGCUGUGACAAUGACCUUGAGCUAAAGGGAAUGUCAGCCCUGGAGUAGCUUUCAAGGAGGCUUUGGAGGCAGAGAGCAGCCAUGCCAGGGAGCAGGGCACUGUUUCAUCCCAUGAAAAAGCAUAUAUAAGGGAAACAUCUCCACUUGGACUUCUUUUUUCCUUUAUUUUUACCAUGGAAGAUCAAAUGAGGGUGCUGCUACUGCUGGGGCUGUGUGUUGGGGCCAACCUGAGACUGUUUCUGCUGCUGUGACUGCCGUG